AUGGCAUAUUUGUCUGCAAAAGGAAUUCAUACUUGCUUGUCUUUGAGAGUGCAAGAAGUCAGAAAUUUCAGUUUAAUAUCUUCAGCGUAUCAGAGGUGCCGAUUAUCGGAGCAGAUUUGCAGACUCGCAGUCAUUCUCACUCGCUCUUCAUCUUCGCAUCCUUCUCUUCGAAUUUCAAUCUCUGAUACUGGCAUUGGGAACUGCUUAGAGGAAUUUCAAGACUUGAGGUUUUCUUCCACGGAUUUUGCUGACAAUUGGGAUGGAAUGCUUUCUCUCAAAACCACCAGCAUCAGGGAUACCGAGAUACAUAGUUAUCAGAUAAACCUGAAAGAAAGGGGUUCCUCUAGAAUAACCAGACUACCUUCAAACACCAAAAAUGGUGCAAAAUUCAGUGGUAGUGAAGCUUAUCUGUCUUGUUUUGUUAGCCGUGAUCUCAUACUGUCUGAUAUCCAUACCUUUAUACAGAAGAUGCAAAUUUUAAAGAUUCCUAAUAUUGCAAUUCAAUUGGUAGCAGAAGAUUGCGAUGUUCCUGAAUCACGAUAUGAAAAGAUUUUUCUUGCGAAUGAGUGCAAGCAGUUACCAGCGUCGGCAUCAAAUCUAGAACUUCUUAAGUCAGGCAUAGAAGACUAUGUAGUUAAGCAUGGAAAUAAUUUAAGUAACAUGUGUAACUCUUGCUUCCCAAGUUGGGAGCAACUCAAAGUUGGAAUUGGGGUAGCUUGCUGCACUGAUAAUCGUUUAAACACGGAACUGGUGAUGGAGGCAGUCAUAUUAAUAAGUAAUAUAUCAGUGCAGAACAUUACGUGCUUCCGGGAAUAUGAUAAUAGAACAGAGGUUUUGUAUUUCAAGGACUUCUCACCUUGUACAAUCUCCCGAUCAUCUAUGAAGGCAUUGCAAAGCAUUGACUGGAAAACAUAUGGCUUAAAUUUAAGGGGUACAGUAGAGCAAGAUGGCGUUACAUUACUAGAAUGGGAAAACUUGCCUACAGAUACACACAUUGAUAUUGUGCUCCACGUAUAUCAUAAACAAUAUCCAGCAUUGGACAGAUCCUUUUUAUCUUUAUCAGAGACAGUUAAAAGUGUUUUACAUAGCUUUUUUUUAUAUAUUUAUUUUAUACUUCUUUCAGACGUUUCUUUGGAUUUUGUUUAUAUUAUUUAUUUGUGGACCAUGAUACCAGCUCCAAGGAAAUUGUCUCCACUUCACAGAAACCUUGUUAAGAGAGCAGUUAAACUUUCACUAGAUGACUUGAAGGCGAAUCAUUCCCAGGCUUUUCUAAGUUCCCGUGCCCUUCAGAUUCGAGGUUAUGCCCCUGAUCUCGCAAAAACAAUUGCUGGGCUGAUAUUGUCUUCCAGUGACUUGGAUUUCCAGGGAGAAUGCUUUUCUCUUCUUGGAUUACAGUCCCAAGAAGUUGGAACUGACACUGUGGAAAGCAGUAUUGAAGAAAGGAUUGUUUCAGUUAUAGAGAUGAACGACAAGAAACCCUACAAUUCUCAACAAGUCGCACCUUACCUUUUCGAAGAAUUAGAAAACCCUGUCCAGGAAUCUGAAUUUCAAGAAAACGAUUUCAGCCCCUUGGACUUUUAACUGUUGCAAGGUAUUCCUGCAUCCCUAGUCCAUCUUUCAAAAUGGUAGUAGCUGAUAUAAUGGCAUAUUCAUAAUAUACGUAUAUAAUUUGUAACAAUGUGAUGUCUGAUUUCA